AACUUCAUAUCUGGCUAAGACGUUUGUUAACAUUUGUUUAUAUUGAGGUUAGAAAUCAUACUUUAGCCAAAAAGGUAAAAAUAAUCUAAAAUAAAAUGAAUGGGCAGUUGCUUAAGGUGUUCAGCCCUAUAGUAUCGAUUACUCGAUCGAAAGGCUACAAAGCUCCGGGCGGAAUUCGGUACCCUGGUGGUAUCACCUACUAUCCAAGAUUUCCUGACCACAAAGAUCCGGAAUAUACGCCUUCAAAACUUUUCAGAGUUGAACGCAUAAAACCUGCCAAAGGUUUUCCCUACUGGCAAAAAGAUAUAUUACGAGAACUACAUAUUUUAGAUAGUGACUCUCCAGUAGCAGUAGUAAAAAACAUACCAGAAAUAAAUUCUAAACUUUGGAAAGUAAAGCAUUUAAUAAAAGUGACACCAAUCACGUUUCCCUAUGGAGAACCUACCAAAGAUGAUAUAAACUACACAGUUAUGAAGGAAAAUGGCCAAUGUUUGGUGAUCAAGAAACUGGAACCAAAUCCUGAACAGGUUAAAGCCCUGGAGCAAUUUGAGAGUGAUAGAAAGAAUAUGGAUAAUGACACACUGAAAAGAGAUUCUAGGCUAAAAUGGGAAAGUCCUUUCCGUGGAGGAUUUUAAUAUACUGUACAUUGUGUAGAUUAGAAAUAGUUUUUGUCUUAUUGUAUUAAAGUUGUAUUGUUAAUAUA